GAGUCACUACGGUCUUAUUCAUUCUUUAUCAUCUUCAGCUUCUCAUUGUAUAACAACUACCCAGGUACCUAAGGUUAACUCAAUCUCUUAACUUUCUUUUUAAAUAGCAAGUCUUCUUGAAUUCAUUCCAUAAAAGCAAAGUUUAUUAUUAAUAGAAAACAUCUUCCAAUUUGUUAGCAAGUGAGAACACGUCCAUCAUAUCAUCAUGGCCGUGGGUGUAAAACGCAAGCGCACCGAUGAAACCGUAGACGAUACCGCUGCGGCUCUACCGCAAAAGAUAGCGAAACCUAUUCCCGAUGAGACCGCGCUUGAAAGCUCCCUUUCUGUCCCGGAAGACAUGGAACCCCAAUUAAAGCGCAUCACGGAAUCGGAUCGCACGCCUUUCGAAAAGAAAGUGUGGACUCUCCUAUGCCAGAUCCCGCGGGGCCACGUAUCGACGUACGCCCUGCUCGCCGCGUACCUGGGCUCGUCGCCGCGCGCCGUGGGGAACGCGCUGCGGCGCAACCCGUUCGCGCCCGAGGUGCCCUGCCACCGGGUCGUGGCUACGGGCGGCGCGCUCGGCGGCUUCAAGGGCAGGUGGCCGAAGGACGGCGAGGGCAUCACGCUCGACGAGAAGCGGCGGUUGCUCCGCGGGGAGGGCGUCAGGAUGGACGGGAAGGGCAGGGUGCUAGGCUCGCCGUGGGUUGCGUUUGCCUAGGUAGGUACCUACCUAGGCACCUACCCAGACUAAUUCAAUAUCCACUUGAAUUGAAUAGGAGGGAGAAGGUUGUCAACCAAUGGAUGUAGCGAAGCUACUAGAAGGCGCCCGGACCGGACUAACCAAUGGCGUAUGUAAUGUAUGGUUUGAGAUGAAAUGAGAUGAGAUGACGGAAGCCUUAUGAAUGGUAGCGUCGUUCUAUUUGGGUAGAUUAUGAAAGUCCAGCUGAUGCAGAUGAAACACGAGAAGAACACUCUAGCCCAAAUCAAAUGAUAGAUAGGUACAGGUAGUUAAUGGAAUAAAUGGUGGUGUGCAUUCCAAAUGAA